UUUUACGACACUCCAGAAACAGGAUGCCUGUUUGGAAGCUCUCUGUGUUAAUUACUUAGCUGGCACACACUCAUGAGAUAUGCCGACCAUGAUAAGCUAAGAACAGAUAUUGCCAUAGGCCUACAUUUGUAUUGUGGAUAGAGAGGGGAAACUUUUUCUCCUCCUUGUCUUUGCACAACUUGGAUAUAUCCAUCCAACCCCAUUUGGAAUCCCAACCAUGGACGAAAGUUCUCAAGCUCCACAAUCGCUGGGGACCAGCCAGUCGCAACAGCAGCGGCCUGUCAGCCACUCUAGGCCAUUCUUCUACGUCCAGCCUCCCUCUCAACCCUACCACCACAUGUACCAGUGGCAUGGAAAUAAUCCAUACAGUAACUAUGGCUUCCAAGGAUCAGGUUUACCAUUUGGGCGUCCAUUCAUGUCCCCAUACCCUUACAUGCAGUAUCCUGGUUACGUUAUGCCUCAUGCUCCAGUUCACCUCCUUGACUACAGAAGACUGUGUGAUCCUCACUUCAACCCAGCUGCGUAUGAUGCCAUGCGGCGGUUUCACCACCCCGGUGCUGUGUUGAGGGAGAGCGCGUGCGCAGGUGCUCAGACGGACCCCAGCGAGGCUUUGAGCAAGUUGAUGGAGUGUCUAGACAAGUUGCGUGCAAGCGACGCCAGCACUGAUCAGGAGGCCGAUUCUGGCAUCACCUCGCCAACCACUUCAUCAUGUGGAGUCGGUUCACCUAGAGAAGACAUGAGGAAAGAGGGGAGUGAAGACUGUGAGCAGCCUGAACCAACACGCAUUGAGUCACAUCAGGCAGCCUCUGGAGCUUUGUUCAGCAACAUGACUGAAGUGUAUGAACCACAUAAGGGGAAAGAUGAAGCCUGGUCAAUGGACUCGGAUGGUGGGGCUCCUCUGGACAGUUCCUCUGUUCACGAAGAAAGCGAGGCUCUUGAGCAGGAAGAAAAUGACAUUGAGGACGAGUUGCAUGUUCAUCAUUGCCAUUCUGGAAAGAAGGCCUCAAGCUCCGACUGUGCACCAGAUCCAUACUCCCAUGGAGAAACAAACAUGUCACCAUUUGAAGGGUGUCACUCCCUCCGUGACCCGGGUCAUGGUCCCGAAGAUUGUGUGACGCAAGACAAAGUGGACACCAACAAGAUGGAGCAGCAGAGUCGGGCAAAGGCAGUCACCAAGAUGUCCACCGGAAAAGGUGAUGAUGAUGGUGAUUUCCUUGACCUUCCACACCGCAUCGUCCAUCUGCCUUUCGGCAAGGUUCUCUCUGGCGGAGGCCUGCUGAAAGAUGAUCCAGUAAAACCUCCCUCUGUAUCGCCACCACCACUGUCGCUUGGAAAUCCAUUCUACUACAGUUACUGUGCCCCACAGUUAGCCCUCGAGCGCCUGAGUGUCCUCAGCCCCUCUCUGGACGAGCUCUCUUCAAGAGAUGAGAUGUUCUCCACUGACCUGGAGGAGCUCAAUCUGUACCCAGGCCACGUGUACCAGGCCAUGGAGCUGCAAAAGCCAGCACUGACCUCCGAUGGUGGUGGUGGUGGCGGUGCUCGUCUCCAGACCAAGCACAAGUGUUCUAAUUGUGGCCUGAGGGUGUCCAAGAGGGCCAUGAAAGCAGUUGCUGAAUCUUACUGCUGUGAUGACGCCCUGGCUGACUCGGACGAGGGAGUGGUUGGCGAAGACGAAGCAGAAACUGCGUUCAAGUUGUACUCGAGCACCAGGAGGAAGACGCUCCCCGCCUCCACCUGCCGAGCACCAUGCCACAAGCCCAGCUGUCUCCAGCAAGCCAAGCUGAAAUCCAGGAGGCUUUACUGCCGAGGGGAAACUGAUCACCAGCCUGGACCCUCAGACUGUCAAGAGGUGGACUAUCCCAUGCACAAGUGCUGUGAGGAGCUAGCUGCUCUGGCCGAGAGGUCUCACAGGACGCAGGAUGAACACAGGAAAUCCAGAGAGAAACAUUGGAGAGAUCGAGGUGAUUGUCUUCAACAUGACUGUUGUGAAGUUGGAUGCGGAAAGGGUUUGGCUAAAGCCAGACAAGUUCAACCAUUGCCACAGAGACGAGUGAGGGAGCACCAGAGAAGGAGUGUGGCAAAGCCAUCGCUUUACCAGAACAAUGAGGAAGAGGAUGAAGAAUAGAGGGAGCCAUCUUAGUUUCACACGGGCACACGGGAGCACUGACUGGAGGACACAAUGCUGACUCCACACACACUCACAAAGGGAGAAGUGGUAGAGGGUAUAUUUGAAGAAAGGUUUGUUGUUGUAAAAAAAACAAAAAAGCACAGUAUAUGUCAAAACCGUGGUGUUGAUUCUGGUGUUUGUCAUGAAGGGGUUAAAUAAUUUUGCACUUUGUAAGGUUGAUCACAAGAUUUGUCGUCUUUGCUUUAUGAACACCGAAGUUCCCUUCUAAUGUUUUGCAGUGAAGAUGGCAUUAAUAAAUAUGCAUUUCUCACAGA